CAAUGUCUCACCAUCAUCAAAAGUAUUAUGAAAGACCUGGUAAGUCUCUCCUCCUAAUAUAUUUUAAGAUGGAUAUGUAUAUACACCAGAAGAAUUGGAUGCAUAUAGAAUUCCUUUACCUUUUAGAGAUAGAUGUGUUAAUUUUUAUGUUCCAUUCUUCAAAUGCCAAUAAAUCAAAACAGAUAAUCUAUUCAAAACAGCUCUUUAAGCCAUCGAUUAAACUUUAGAUCAUUGGUAUUUCUUUACUUCUAUCUUAGGGGUGGAGAGUGUUACAAAGAAAAAAGAGAUUAUCUAAAUUGUGCUAAAGCAGCGUAUUAACAUUAUUUCAUUAUAUUUCAGUUAUCAAUAUUCCUUAGCAGUACCUGUCUAAAAUAUUUAUACUGCCAAUCCAUGGUAUGCUAGUCAAGAAGCUGUUUCAUCAGAAUUAGAAAAAAAUCAUUUUAAUUCACCAGUCCUGUAUUGAC